AUGGCUCAAGCUCUGGGCUUUGCGUACCGCAUGGCCGUCCCUGCGGCCAUUGGUAUCGCUGUCUUGCAGUCGUCAAUCUACGAUGUCAAGGGUGGAUCCAGAGCAGUCAUCUUUGACAGGAUGUCCGGUGUCAAGGAUACCGUCAUCAACGAGGGCACGCACUUCCUCGUGCCGUGGCUGCAGAGGAGCAUCGUCUUCGACGUGCGGACGAAGCCCAGAAACAUUGCGACGACGACGGGCAGCAAGGAUCUCCAGAUGGUCAGCUUGACCCUCCGCGUGCUGCACCGGCCCGAAGUCCAGGCCCUCCCCAAGAUCUACCAAAACCUCGGCCAAGACUACGACGAGAGAGUCCUCCCCUCCAUCGGAAACGAGGUCCUCAAGUCCAUCGUCGCCCAGUUCGACGCUGCCGAGCUCAUCACCCAGCGCGAGGCCGUCUCCCAGCGCAUCAGCUCCGACCUCCGCAAGCGCGCCGCCGAGUUCAACAUUGCUCUCGAGGACGUCUCCAUCACGCACAUGACGUUUGGCAAAGAAUUCACAAAGGCCGUCGAGCAGAAGCAGAUUGCCCAGCAGGACGCCGAGCGCGCGCGCUUCAUUGUCGAAAAGGCCGAGCAGGAGCGCCAGGCCAACGUCAUCCGCGCCGAGGGCGAGGCCGAGAGCGCCGAGACGAUUAGCAGGGCCAUUGCCAAGAACGGCGACGGCCUCGUGCAGAUUCGAAAGAUUGAGGCCGCGCGGGAUAUCGCGGCGACGUUGUCGUCGAAUCCGAAUGUCGCGUACUUGCCUAGCGGCGGUAAGGGCGGUAGCCAGAUGCUGUUGAACGUUGGCCGGCCGUAA